AUGGUUUGCCUCAAGCUACACUCGUACUACAAGUCUUCGUUGGUAGCCCAAUGGAACAAGAAGUUGGCCCCUCAGUCAGAUGGAGCUCCUUUUAGGACUGGUUUCCGAGGUUCGGUGAAGAAGGCUGUAUCUAUGUUGGGAAUACUACAUUAUCGUGUGAAAUCCAAGGAUGCGGGGAUGGUAUCAGAGGAUCUUAGAGCACCCUAUAAUGUGUCGAAUGAUAUUUUGAACCCUUUUAGAGUUCUUUCUCUUUUUAAAAGGAUGACAGAUGAGGACUGUGAGUUACUCUUUCUAUCAGAUAGGCCUGAUAAUCUCAUCAUUACUAACGUUGCAGUGCCUCCUAUAGCUAUCCGUCCUUCUGUAAUUAUGGAUGGUUCACAAAGCAAUGAAAAUGAUAUAACUGAGAGGUUAAAACGAAUCAUCCAACAGAAUGCAAGUGUUAGCCAAGAGUUAUCAACAUCAAACUCACUACCUAAAUGCCUGGUACAUUGUGGACUUUGGUGUUUUUAUUUUAAAUGA